CCCUUCUCACGGUCUUCUAUUAAAACAAAACAAAAAAAAAACCACCAACACUGUUUUUUGUGAAUUUGAAUAUUCAGUACUCAAAAUGGAUGACCAACGAUCACAAUCGUCUUGUCACCAUGCGACGGAUGUAUUGAAUUUCGGCAUCGAUCAAAUACUGAAAAGCGACAACGAAUCGGGUAAAUAUUGUACAAUGUACAUUAGUAUUAUUGUAUUAUUAUUUAUUAUUAUUAAAGGCGAUAAGAGUAUACAAUAAGAUGUAUUUUAUUAAAACUUUAUUUUAAUAAAUUUAUAAUAAUGAGCUAUUUGAAUUACAAGUGUAUAGUACCUACCAUAAAAAGUCGAGGGAAUUAAAAUAUUUUUGAUUCUGAGCGAAGCGAAUAAUGUAUUGGUUUUAUAAUAAUAUUUAUUUUUUUUUAUCUGUAAAUAACUAUUUUACUAGAAAUAUUGCUACGGUGUAUCAAGUGUAGUACUUUUUCUGAAAGAAAAUUUUAUCUGGGUAGUAUUUAAGUCAGGUUAUUUUUUGAUUUUUCAAGUGGUUUUCAUAAUAAUCGGGAAAAAUCGGUAAAAAAAUCUAGGAAAACGGGAAAAUUUACGAAAUGUCUUAUUUUCAAUUUUGCUUUUUGAUGUGAUUCUGUUUAAAAUAUGCGUAGGGAUUUGAAAUUUAGAUAGAAACAUUAUAUUCGCCUUUUUACUUUUUGGUAAGAUUUUCAAAACAUUUUAGCAAGGAUUUUAUGUUAUUUUUAUUCAGUAGGCACUCAGUGGAUAAAAUUUUUAGACCGUACAGAAAUGUUUAAAAAUAUAGGUUUAUUGUAAGUCGUAAAACAAAAUUAAAUGUAAUGUACAAUUUUUUUAUAAAACUUCAAUACCAAAUUUCGACGAAAUUCGUAAAUAUAAUAAUGGCCUUUAAAAACACGUAUAACCGAAUUCUGCUCAGAAUCGGUUUUUGUUUGCAAUGAUUUAUCGUUGUGUACACAUAUACAUAAAAUUCCUCUCUAUAUCCUGCCUUCCCAACUUCUUACCUACAGCAGUGGCCGACCCAUCGUAUGAAGUAUGUCUGUCUUUUUAUUUUAUAUAACUUCAAAAAAAUCAGUGGUCUCAACCUUUUUAUUCUAAAAUAAAUAUUCAAUAAUAUGGAUUUUCAAAAAUCUCAUGUCUUUUCAUAUAUUGAAAAUAUUGAUGACCUCAUUAUAAUUUUUUUUUUUUUAUACAGGUAUAAAAUAUAAUAUAAUACAAUAAUCUAUUAAUUUAUGUGAUAUUAUAAGGCGUAAGGAAAUUUAAAAUAAAAAUAAUUUGAUAAAUACAUUUUACCAUAUAAAUUUUACCUCUAAAUAUGGCCCUGCUUGCGUCUUUCCAGCAAUAUGUUCACACACCCUAGAUUGGGAGUCACUGGUUUAUAUAAUACGAGUAUAAUACUUUAUUAAUACAAUAUUAUUAUAAUACAUUAUAAUACUUGUGUAAUACAUACUAUAAUAUUAUUCCGGACUAUUGUGUUUUCAUUCGCAUUAGACCGUCAACCAAAGGAAAAAGGAAAGUGUGCUGGCAGAGCAGUGUUUACGAUCGCCCAAAAAAAUUGGUUAGAAUACUAUUUCCAAAUGGAAAAGUAUAUAACUAAACCCAAUAGAAAGGCAUUAGCUUCCGCUCUUGGACUUACAGAUUUGCAAGUAAGUACUGAUAUUGCCAUAUAUAUAUAUAUAGACGUGUAUACACGCGUACGUUACCGGAAAUAUUUAUAUUUAAGAAAUGAUGACAAUUCCUAAGAAGGAAAGGAAAUUAUAUUAUUACCAAGUACAUGAUAUAAUUUCUUAAAUAUUGUAGGCAAUGAUACGAAUUGCAAAGUAAAAUUGCAUAUUUUAUGUAAUACAUAUUAUAUUACCCUAAGAAAUAUUCAAUCUUUAAUCAAAUUUUACAUUUUUUAUUUUUACACGGCAAACUUUCGCCAAAUUUUGAACUACAAAUUCGGGAUGCCGAACUGUAAGCAUAACUAUUUGUCUUAUAUUUUGUUUUGCUAUAACAUCGGGUAUAUCUUUAUGCGAACGAAACACUACUAUUUAUAGUAACUGCAACCUCCCGAAGUGACAAUGGUUAUUCUACGUGACCUUCAAAGACAGUAGUCAGAUACAAUAAUUUUGUUUUGCAAGAAUUUGUUUCUAAUCUUAUGUAUCAUAUGUAUUUUAAAAAACUACAUUCAAUGUUUACAAUAUUCAUAAAAAAUUACUUAACUAAUCUAUGUUACGUAUUCAGUCUUUCAACAGGCGUGUGAUGUUUUUCAAAUAUAUUUUUUAUUAUGAUAAAGGAUGAAUAUAUAAUUCUUUAUACAAAUAUUAUUGAAACCAAGUACUAAUGUUUUUGAUGUUCGACUAAAUAAAAAUGUUAAAUACAGUUAUUUUUAAAUACUUAAUUACAUAUUCAUUUUUUUUUAUUAAGUUCUAAACUACUAGUACAAUGUUUGUUUUCUUUAACUUUCUUGUAUUCUUUUGAUUUCAAAAUACAUUUAAUAUCGAUCUUCUUUAGAUUUCUAAGACCCAAUUUCAUCUAUCGUUAAACCAACUUAUCCUGUACCUAAAUAAGUGGAAAAGCGCUGCGUCAAAAUAUUGUCUAACAAACUAUAGAAAUUAUGAUUAUUUAUAGGUAAUGAUAUUAUUUCCUUACCGUAUUAGGAAUUGGCAUCUCUUCUUAAACUGUUAGUAUUUUCGGUAACAUAACAUAAUAAGUAUAAUUGACUUAUUAUUAAUGUUGAAUUUUCCCUGAAAAUAGAAGCUAUUAUCAUUGUGUCUGUUAUAUUUUCCUCGGUAUUUUUGUACAUUUCUUGCGGAUCCUUCUGGACGAAAUAAGCUUAAACUCGGGAAUUAGGAUUAUUUUAUAAGUGUAUUGAAGUGAUAACAGUUGUGUUUAAAUACGAACUUAACAAUGUUGUUACCGAAGAGAAUUUUUUUUUUUAGCUUUGCACAUCCCCAAAGACCUCCCAGAUUAAGUUAGGGGAAUUUAUCUACAUGUGGCUUUAGUAUCAAGGAUAUGAUUUUUAGAGGUUCCGAUUUUCAGCUCUCUGACUUACCGUUUUUAUGAUUAAACCAUGUUGUUUAUUCUUUAAGUUACCUGUAUAAGUGUUAUAUAAUAUUAUAUUAUUAUACUCGUAGUAUUCGAUCAUUAUUUUGUAAAAUUCUAUAAUAUAAGGUUGGGAGAAUUUGACUCUAGCAACGGAGCUCCACUGUUCAUUUUUUUAGAUUUUAAGCGGAACGAAGAAUGUAUUGGUUUUUCAAUGAUGUUUAAUUUUUUAAUUUUUUUUUCAUCUGUAAAAAUUUCUGAAAAGAAAUCUGAUUGGGGUGGUACUUUAAGGACGUUAUUUUUGAUUUUCCCUGUUGUUUUUAUAAUAAAUGAGAAACUGAAAAAAAACAUCGGAAAAAUCGAGAAAAAACUUAGGAAAAACGGGAAAAUAGGUAUAACGUUAAACAAAAUAAAUAAUGCAUAAUAUGCAAUUAUUUUACCAUAUUAUUAUUAUUUAUUUAUUUCUCAAAAAAAAAAAAAAGAAUACUGGGGAAUACUAUAAUACAACAUAAAGCAACCCUAUUAUUAACUGAACUCCGCUCAGAAUUGUGUUUCGUUAACAACGAUUAAUCGUUGAGUACAGAUAAACAUUACAUUUCCUCUCUAUUUUUCCAACUUAUCACCUACAACACUGGUCCAUGGCGAAGUACGUCCGUAUCUUUAUUUAUUUAUAAUUUAUUAAUUUUUAAUAUAUUGUGUUUGCAAUCAAUAUUUUUUUUAAAUAAAUUCAUUUCAGGUAAAAGUAUGGUUUCAGAAUAGACGAAUGAAAUGGCGGCAUGCGACUUCUUCAAAUGCAUAGAUUUACAAAGAUAAUGUAGGUAUAAGAUACGAUUAGACUUUAUUAAUUUCAUUGAAUCAUACAAAAUACAAGUCAUAAAUAAUAUUAUGUUUUAUUAUAUUAAUACUUAUAUAUUAUGUAUAUACUAAUUUAUUUAUAUAUAAUAAUAAAAAAGUGUCAUGAUUUUACUGGUAAUUAUAACACUGACAGUGGCCUUCUUUUAAAUAUAAUACAAUAAAAUGUUAUGUCGUCCGUAUUGUAUUAUGCGGUCCUUAAUCUAAAUUUGAUUAAACAAAUCGUUUUACGAUGAAUACUAUCGUAUAUAAUACAUUAUAGAUAAUAAUUGCGUGUAUUUUAUGUUUUACACAUCGUACAUUAACAUCAAUGUCAAUAAAUUUACGCGUACAACAGCUAAAAGGUCUUAUCAAGGAACUUACUUAUAUAUAAUUAUCAUUUAUAUUAAUAUUAUGCACGAAUAUGAAUUUAAAUGUUGUAAGCAUUUGUUUUUUUUUUUUUUCGAUUGGUUCAAUAUGUAGUUAACUAGGUAGAGAAUAUAAAUUUGAUACACUUUAAAACAUAUAAUGUAUGAAUUGGACAAAUAAUAGAAGAAUACCUAUGCGAUUUAAACAAAAUCAGCGUCUUUUAUUGAAUUUAAUUAUUGAACUCGAUAUAACCCGCGGUUAGGUUACUGAUUUAUAUUAUAUAUUAUGACAAAUAUAUUUAUGUAUAUAUAUUUUUAAAAUUGUUUCUUAUUGUUAUAAACAAAAAUAAUAAUAAUAAUAACGAUAAUGACGCUUAGAACUCCAUUGAAUUACUUAUUUAUGAAUUAUUAUUAGACGAUGUAAAAUUGUAAUAUAGAAAAUAUAAUAUUAAUAAUAAUUUAGGCAUGACUGAUCGAUAAAUAUUAAAUUUUACAAACAAAUUAUCUGAGUUAAUGAUACUUUAUUAUGAAGAUAAAAUUUUUCGAAAAAAACGAAUUACUAUCUACACAGAGCCCCAAUAAAAAUAAUUAGUAAGAGGGGUUGUCAAAAAAAAAAAUUGAGAAGCUACGGAAGCUGGUUCCCUCCCCCCAAAUCCGAGCACCGACAUAUGAUUUAGUAAUCAUACACGACACAUUUUUAUAAAAUUUGUGUGCCUUUUUACUAGAAAACUGUUUGUUUUUUUUCACAUAUGGUUUUUUCCGAGUUUUUUUUAAAAAAUUUUGUUCAAUAAUAACGUUUUAUAUUUUACUAUAAAUAGAUACGUGUUUGAAAUUUUUGAAAAGUUAAUAUUUAUUUGUAUAUGAAGAAUGUCAUUGGGAAUGGACAGUAUCAGACAAUCGGUUAUAACCGAUGUCUUUAAUGUUUAAUUUAUUGAUAUACUAUCUGGAUAAGAAAUCACGUGUUGUACUCGUUUUAUAAUAGAUAAUUAAAACAAUUAUACGUGUAUUUUUUUUUUUUUUAUUUUUAUUUAAAGAUUUUCGCUUAAUAUUUGUUUUUUUAUUAAUGUUUUUUUAGAACUUCAAAAUCCGAACUCUAAUAAUUAAGUAAAUACAUUAUAUAUAUUUGCGAUAUACCGUACAGUGUAACUCGUGUACCUAGGACGAUCUGCAGGUUUCAUAUUACUGGCGAAAAUAUUUAUUUUUUUAUAGAAUUUUGAUAGCCGUCAAUAUUACCGUAUUGUUUUUCGAGGACGUACGAGGGGGACGGUACUCUGUGCCCGAACGGGAGAAUAUCCAAAUUCUGCACGUGCGCCUUGACGAUGGUGCCGGGCGGGAAUCUGUUAAAAUUGUUACUGACGUCGUGCCCGCCCGCAAACUCCGAGUGAUGAUCUUUUGGCUUCUGGUAGUCGGUGCCACCGUAUUGGCCGUACUUCUCGUCCACCACUAUGGGUCGUGACGGUUGCCCGUACAGAGUGUCCGGCGGCGCGGACGGUCUGAUAGUGGAGGACUGAUGGUAGCCGUACGAAGACGGGCCCGCGUUUCCCAGGACAGCCGUUUGUGCGUAAGGCGUGUCCGGUACGGCAAGCGGUUUUUUCUGCGGCAUAUUAUUUUGUUCCUUACGUUUGUCAAAUUUGUCGAACGGUCGGAAGAACAACUCUUCUUCUUUGUUCUUGUAAACAGGUGACCACUUUUUGGGCGGCAGCGCGGGAUCAUCCUCGGGAAAAGCCGAGCCCAGCGGCACCUUGCUGUCCGGUGAUAGGAAAUCGUCCGACACUCCCGUGGCCGCGUUGUUACCGGUUCCGCUACCGCCACCGCCGUUACCGCCACCGCCGUUACCGCCACCGCUGUUACCGCCACCGCCGUUACCGCCACCGCCGUUACCGACACCGCUGCUACCGCUACCGCCGUUAUUUCCUCCUGCACCGAAACCUUUGAUUGGCGACUCUGCGGCAGCGGGGCGCCGGCGAUCCGGCAGCGGAGUGGCCGUGCUGGAUGACGCGGGCCCGAAUUGCAGGUCUUGUUCAAACGCGGACGGCAACAGCGGUGGCAACGUGGAUGACGUGAUCAAUACGGCUGGCGGCAGGAUAGACGGCGGCACAAUUGACGGCAACAGGGGCGGUAUCGCAACCCCAGAUGCCGCACCGCCUGCGGCCGCGUUGUUUAUCACCCGGUAACCGAUGUUUGGGCCGGCUACGUACUGUACGGUCCUCUGCACGCCUUUGUCGUCUAUGUACGUGUAAGAGCCUUGUACGCGCCCGUUGGCGUCGCUCACUUCCGUACGCCGUUGGUCCGGCCCUGACGCCGUAAAACCGUACGAACCGUCUUUGCCCAUCACGACGGACGUGUGGCCGCGCGGCCGUCCACCGGGUUUGCCGGGUGGGCCGCUGUAGAAAACGCCGCCGAACGGGUCCGAGUCUGGAUGCCCGUUCUUCACGUGAAAGCCCGUACCGGAACCGGCCUCGUACUGCACGUCGUGUCUCUUGCC